GAUGGAUUGGGGAGCUCUGCAUGCCAUUUUAGGAGGUGUGAAUAAACACUCCACCAGCAUUGGAAAGAUCUGGCUCACAGUCCUGUUCAUCUUCCGUAUCAUGAUCCUGGUUGUGGCGGCAGAGAGAGUCUGGGGAGAUGAACAACAAGAUUUUGUCUGCAACACUCUGCAACCUGGGUGCAAAAAUGUUUGCUAUGACCAUUUUUUCCCUAUCUCUCACAUCAGACUCUGGGCCCUGCAGCUGAUCUUUGUCUCCACACCAGCACUGCUGGUGGCCAUGCAUGUGGCUUACACCAGGCAUGAGAAGAAAAGGCGUCUCAGAAACGGUGAGAAAAUUAACAUUGAAGAGAUGAAGAAUGAGAGAAUUCACAUCCAGGGCCCCUUAUGGUGGACAUACACCAGCAGUAUCUUCUUCAGGAUCAUCUUUGAAGCUGUCUUCAUGUACACCUUCUAUUACAUGUAUGAUGGGUACCAAAUGCCUCGCCUGGUGAAGUGCAAUGCAUGGCCCUGCCCCAACACAGUGGACUGUUUUGUUUCUCGUCCCACUGAGAAAACCAUGUUCACCAUUUUCAUGCUUGCUGUGUCUGGGAUCUGCAUACUGCUGAAUUUAGCGGAAUUGUGCUACUUAGUGAUAAAAGUUUGCAUGAGAGAACGCAGGAAAUCAACAAUUUUAAAAUAA